UGUGGGGAAUCUCUCCAGGGAUGUAACAGAAAUUCUGAUUCUGCAACUCUUCACUCAGAUCGGGCCUUGCAGAAGUUGUAAAAUGAUAACAGAGCACACAAGCAACGACCCAUACUGCUUUGUGGAGUUUUUUGAGCACAGAGAUGCCGCUGCAGCUCUUGCAGCCAUGAACGGACGGAAGAUAUUAGGAAAGGAGGUCAAAGUAAAUUGGGCCACCACUCCAAGUAGCCAGAAGAAGGACACAUCCAAUCACUUCCAUGUUUUUGUGGGUGAUUUGAACCCCGAGAUUUCCACCGAGGAUGUCAAGGCUGCAUUUGCACCUUUGGGAAAAUCUCGUAAGUUGUCAGUUCAAAAAUUUUUUUAUUUUAUUUUAUUCAUGUGGAGUACAGCAAUUUGAAUGCACAGCCAUAGAAGACCAUGUUUACAUGCAUACAACUUGGGGUACCGACUUAACUGUAUAUACUACAUACUUUCAAGUUUAUAUAACCUGUGAAAAUGAUUAUUUUGAUUGAUCUUCAAGGGUUGACAUAAUUUAGGAUUUUGUUUCUCAACAGUUUAUGAGCUUUGUAUAAUCUUCAGAUAUCACAUAAAACACUGGGACAACCUGUUGUCCAAAUGGUUAAGGGUGCAACUGUGACCUGCAGGGUCCCUGAUUCUAGUCUGACUGGGGAUAUUUCCGGCGUAUCAUUCCCUUUCUCUCUAUCUCCCUCUCUCCUCAUAUUCUGUCAUUUCUACUGACAGUAAAAGCAUGAAAUGUUUAGUGACCCUGCGUCCAAAGUAUGUAGAAUAUGAGAAUGAAUGAGAAGAAAUGGGCUCAUAAGCUCUAAAAGGGAAACAAAAACUUGCAUUACACAAUGAAGCGUGUACUACUUACACAGUAUCUGUGAAGAUGGAUGCCAUUUCUAUUCUUCAUUGUUAAGUGCUGCAAAUUAGCAUUCUUUUGACAACCACAUAUGAGAAUAUUUUACCAAGGUGUUAUUCUGAAUGUGUACUAGGAAAAAAUAGCACUAAGAGUGAAAACACAAGUUCUCUCUUGUGUUAGACAAAAUGUUCAGAGAUUUAGUAUUGAGGAAAGCACAUUGAUUCUUGCUUCACUAUAAAAAAUACAUCAAGUGUUCUUUGUUAGACUUGUAUGAUGUACAGAAUAUUCUCUAUUCAUGCAUGUAAACAUAGUUGAUGAUGGAGAAACAUAAUUUAUAUUAUUAAAUGAAGUGGAAGGUAUCUUUAACAGUUGUUUUGUUAUUUACAACACUCCAGUGAACUUACUUGUGGUCUAUGUAUUGUCGUUCUGUUUUUCUGACUAAAGUGUGAGCUUUUAGCCUGUUCUUGCUUUUGUAUGCACAUUUAGGUUGUGGUAAGUAAACUGCACAGUAUGUCAGCAAAAUGUAAGCUGUGUGUAUGAACCUGAACAGCUUUUAGCUGUGGGUCUCAGUCAAGUAAUAGCACUUUGGUUAUUUUACAGAAAUGCUCAUAGGAUUGGACAGGAGCUUGAAGGCUAACAGCAAGGAACUGUGCACUCUGGAGACUCAGAUCUUCCCAAACUCCAUACUCCAUAUUGGUGGUAAAGAAUUGACCAGGAAAAAUAAAGAAAUCUGUUAACAGGCCAUGGAUGCCCGUGUUGUGAAGGACAUGACGACAGGCAAAUCAAAGGGGUAUGGAUUUGUGUCCUUCUACAACAAACUGGAUGCAGAGAAUGCCAUCAUUAACAUGGCUGGACAGUGGCUCGGAGGACGCCAAAUCAGGACUAACUGGGCGACACGUAAACCUCCGGCUCCUAAGAGUGUUCAGGACAAUGGUUCAAAGCAGCUGAGGUUUGAUGACGUUGUGACCCGGUCCAGUCCACAGAACUGCACUGUGUACUGUGGAGGGAUCCAGUCAGGACUAUCAGAACAUCUAAUGCGACAGACCUUCUCACCAUUUGGUCAAAUAAUGGAAGUCAGGGUUUUUCCAGAGAAAGGAUAUUCUUUCAUCAGGUUUUCCUCCCAUGACAGUGCUGCCCAUGCCAUUGUUUCAGUAAAUGGCACAGUCAUUGAAGGACACAUAGUGAAGUGCUUCUGGGGCAAAGAAUCUCCUGACAUGGCAAAAAAUCCACAGCAGGUUGAGUACAAUCAGUGGGGCCAGUGGAACCAGGUCUAUGGGAAUCCACAACAGCAGCAGCAACAGCAACAGCAGCAGCAGCAGCAGCAGUACGGGCAGUAUGUGACAAAUGGGUGGCAAGUCCCCUCUUACAGCAUGUAUGGCCAGACGUGGAACCAGCAAGGAUUUGGAGUAGAGCAGUCCCAGUCACCAGCCUGGGUGGGAGGCUUUGGAUCUCCAUCAGCCCAAGCUGCAGCCCCGCCUGGUACCGUCAUGUCAAACCUGGCCAAUUUCAGCAUGGCUGGCUACCAGACGCAGUGAGAAAGUCCUGACCUAAGUGUAAUACCAAGGGGACACAGCUCUCUUUCAUCUGGACAGCAGCUGUGGUAAAAGAAGGGCAGGGGCCAUAUUCACAAAGCCUUUGUAGCUGAUAGUUGCUCCUGAACAACCAGUUUAACAAUUCUCUUUUAAAAGACAGUCCACUUUUUAGAAGUUUAUUUGUUGAUAAUUCAUAAACCUGUUAUGGAAAAGUGCUCUUGGGCUUUUGACGUAAAGCCAAACCAACUUUCUUUUUCUCAGUAGAUGUUUAAGGACAUACCAACCUUUUGAAUGUUUGGCCCUAUUAAACCUUACCUACAAUGUGGCAAGAGGAUUUGCAGAGUUACCUUUUGAUGCCUUUCCUCUCAUCACACAUUGAGUAAGUCGGGCCAAAGCAUUAAAAAGUCAGUGUGGUUUUUCAGAACUUACUGUUAUUCUUUCAGAUUUAAAACAUGAGGGGGAAAAAAAUGGAAAUCCAAAACACAUACACAACAGAUGAUUUCUUUUGUGAACCUAAAAGCACACUUACUAAAAGCCAUCAUGUUACUCCAGCAGCUCACUGGAAUUUGAAGAGGAUUAAAAUCCCUGGAAACCUCAAAAUUACUGACUUUAAUGUUGAAUCAUCAAACUAUAGCAAUGUCUACUCUCAGUUUGCCAAUGUUUUUUAAUAUUAUACUGUUUAUUUACUGGUCGUACUCGGGCAUUUGUCAUUUUAUACAACAGAAGACAGACCUCCACUCAAGUCUUCAUACAUUAAUUCAGUUCAUUUUUAUAAUGUAGGUCACUUUGUAAACAUGCAGACAGUGAUGACAGUGUUGUACAGAUCAAGCGGGUAUUAGUGGUGAAAGUGUGCUACAAAACGCACUCAGCCACAAGAAUGACCUGCCAACUUUGGUCUGGACCUUCAGCUCAUUUAGUAUCUAGACAUUCAGUCCUCUUUUGAUAUAUCGAUGAAAAAUGCUUUGUGAAUAGAGGCCCUGGAAUGGUAGUUUACCUUUCCAGUAUAUGUGAAGAAGCUAUUUGUAUAAACAACUGUGGCUUUAAAACGGAGGUUUAAGUGGGAGGCGGUAUCUCUUGGAUAAAUUUUGUGUACAAAGAAAAUUUCACCUACACAGCUCUGAAAGCAAAAUAAAUAUAUAUUAGAAUUUUCAUGUUUUGUAUGGGAGUGAUAAGCAUGUCAUUUGCAGACUUUGAUGGAUUGGAGUUUACACCUGACUGUAGUCGAGAUGGAGAGAUUUCUAAUCAAAGGACAGGCUAUAGCACAUGCUCACUGUACAAAGAAAAUAUUGUAAAAAAAACUGCUUAACCCCCUAUCUUUGUAAAGGUAACAAACUCUGUGCCGAUUCUGGGGCUGGUUUCCUAGAGGAAUACUGAAUCUUAAACCUUUUCUUCCUUCUUCCUCCUUGCUAACCUUAGCUAAUUUAUAGUCUUCUCUUUUCAAUGGCAAGGGACAUUUUUUGCUUAAAAACCGUACAAUUAAUUUUGUACCAGAACCAGCCCCUGAUGUUACUGCAUCAUGUUUUACAUCAUUCAAAAUGUCCAGUGUUUCGAUGUAUUGUAAUUUGGGCUAGUUAUAUUUUAUGUUAUUGAAUGUGGAGGGCUUCUUGGGUAGCUAUGUCAAGACAGCCGAUGCUUUUUCCACCCCCCAGUACAUUCUGAACUCUAUUUCUGGAAUGUUUCCAUAUAUCCCAGGUAAAUUAUUUAAAAGAAAGACAUCACUGGCAGAUUGCGACAAGAGGAUUCCUCACGGACAUCCUGCCGUUUGGAUUUGAUUUGUGUGUGUGCCAUUCUGUACAGUGUAAAACUCUAACUCUCUGUUGUACUAGCCAACAAACUUGAUAAUCUUUUUGUUUAUUUGAGCUGAAGAGGGUUGAAUGAAUUCAAACAAGGUCACGUUUGUUGAGAGUGUAAAUAUAAACCUUGAUUAAAAACCUUCAUAAAAAUUAAAAUAAUGUACAUAAUGUAGUUAGAAAUUUUAUUCCAUCAUUAAAUUUCAGCAAUAUAAUUUAUGAACAAGCCUUAAUUGAUUUGUUGGUAAAUUCAAACCUUGUAUUAUUUAAAAGAGCUCCAUUAUACAUCUAAAUUUAUUUCCUACUGGAUUUUUUUCCCCCAUUUUUUGGUUUGUGUGCCAUUUUCAGGAUGUAGCAGGAAGCAGUUGAUGUAUCAGCUUGAACUGCACGCUUAUGACAUGUAAUAUAUUUGUUGCUUAAAAUAUUGAAUGUAAUGGCAGUUUGCUUUUAUGACAACAAUACAUAUAAGUUGAACAACUGAAGUGAUGUUUAAUAAUAAAGGACGAAAUCAAUUUUCCAUUUGACGGAAAACCUCAGUGAGUCACUUCAAAUAAAGAAACAUUUGAACCUU